AGAGGUCAGUCGACCCAGCGCUGCAAGAUGUGGUCGCUGCUGUCCUCCAUCUCUCCGUAGAGGAGAGAGAUAACCUUAACGGCUACAAUAUUAGUCAUUGUGAUGAAGCAUUGCAGGAACUAGUUGAUUAUGUCAACAACCCGGUCGGGAAGCCAGAGCGCACAAUCCCGGACCUAGUGGGCCAAAUGUUCCUUCUCCAUCACCGCAAAACCCAACUGCAAACCGCCAAGCACCAGCCCCAGCUCGCCCAGCUGCAGAGCAGCUAUCAAGCAGUGCAGAGGGAAAAUCUCAGACUGCACCAAGACGUUAGGUGCACCCAAGCUGAGAAAGUCCAGGCACAGGAAGAUAAUGCCCAGAUGCAGGAGAAAAACGAAACCCUGCACAGGCAGCUUCAAGCUGCCCAGCUAAAAGUAGAGACAGAUCAAGUGCAGCUGAAAAGCACAGCACAACAUCUGACACAGAAGAGGGCCCCCUUUUUAGUGAUACAAGUAGAAAUGUGCCCUUGAGAAACCCAGGGACACACGCUAGGAGCCGAGCUGCCCCUAGUGGUACAGUCUCUGACUUCGUCCUCCAAGACACCUUUCAAGCUCCUCCAGCGGCCCGCUGGUUGGAUGCAGGUGCCCCUCCUUACAGUUUCCCUUCACAGUCAGUUUUCAGUCACGCCACCGUGCAUUUCAAACUGACUGUUUCCACACCAAGGAGGGGGGACAAUUAUUUUCAAGCCCAGAGUGGUGUAAGCGGCUCGAAGAUCCCAUUAGCCAGGGAGCUGUACGCAACUCAGGGUCCACCCCCAUGCGUCGACUGGACUCCUUCCCCACCACGAAGGGGAGGAAGUCGUCCUCAUCGCUAUAGCGAUCCGAGUGAUUAUGGUGUUUCGGAUGACUCGGACGACCUGUGGUCAUACUGACACCAAUGCUUGUGCAUCCGACAACUCGAGUCCCUCGCAGGGGACAUAGAACGCUUUGACCCAAGUAAUCGAGAUUCAAACAUCAACAAUUAUCUUAGGGAAAUUGAGCACUGCCUGUUUGACUUGCCUUACGCUUCGUCGUGUGAAAAACGUAAGCUUAUAUGGAAGACCACGGUAAGGAGUGUCCAUGCGUUCAUGGAAACACUACCGACUGGUACACAAAACUGCUACUCAGCUCUGUGUAAAGCCUUACGCGAGGAGUAUUCGCUGUAUACCGACGAAGCCUCCGCUACCAUAGCUGCUUUUGCCAUCACCCAGAAGAGGCACAAGCCUCCGCGUAUGUAUUAUAGACGACUGAGAACCACGUACUUCCAAGGUCUGGAGGAGGAACGAGCUUUCAAUCUCUUUUCCUUCACAACCUCCUCGAGUGCAUGUGAUAUGACGUCAUGAUGCACUGCAGAACGGGCAACCCCACCAUGCAGGAAAUCAGAAGGUACGCGCAACUGGCAUGGGAGACACGCAUGUGCCCUGCCCAAGGGCAUGAAGGCGACGCCAGAGCCCUGGGGAUCCAAGCCUCAGAAUAUGCAGACCUAGCGCUUGAAGGCAACAAAAUGCCUUGCGUUAAGGUCAAUGCUAGAACCGGACCCCAGAGGUGCCGAUCACCUCGCCAGCAGGGUAGGAAACAGAACCGGGGGGUGGUAACCAGACACACCCCCAGGGUCACGGCAGGCCUAAACAACAAAACUUUCGCCGGCCGAAAGGAAAGGCGCGGUUCGAACGAAAACCCAAACAAGAAGGUAAGUGGGUAGAAAAGGUUUCAAAUCCCCUCAGAGAACAAGAUUUGAGAAAAGAAAUGGAGGGCAUAAGGAGAUGCUUGACUGAGUUAGUAAACAAGCUUGACGUGCUCCAUUGUUCUCCAGGUCCGUCGACCUCCUCAAAGGAACACGGCACUGAAACCCCGUCAGUAUGACUAGAUGAUGUACCCCCUCCCGUUAAUGUGAAAGUUUACUUUGUAGGUCGGGAAAAGGGGAACAGUGUCCAAGUUGCUCCCCAAAACAGUCACUCCUAACAUGCCACACCCUACUUUUCUGACCUUCUUGGGCGAUCUGUACCGUAAAGGCAACGCCUGACACAUGGGUCAUUCAACUCCCACGCACUACUCAACACCGGUUCCGAAAUAGUCUAAUGGGUUCCAACCCCUUCGCAGUGGUGGCUAGAGCAAAGCUCUCCCUUGGCAAACCAUUAUAGACAGAAACCUGCAACGUAAGCAUCACAAGCUACAUGCAAGAUAGGUCGUCUAUCACAACACGGGCCUGGAUUGACACCUUUCAAGGGAUGAUGCUAACAGUCCCUGUUUACAUAUGUCCCAUUAAUACGGAACCACUGUUAGUUGGCCAGGACCUACUGAACCGAUUGGCUCUGCUCAUUGACUGCCGUCGUGGACACAUGUGGGCUCAGGUUGACAUACCGAGACCACUUGGUCCAGAACAGUUCGCCAGCUUCAGAUGCACACGUCGCCAUCGUCCAAAAAUCCAGCAGAGAUGACGACUCCAAUAAGAACAAUUACAGGGCCUGAAUAAAACCCUUCAGGGUACUAUAGUCACUGUAAAUUUGCACUCCGUUCUUAUCAAUAACACUUUGCACGCUAAACAACCAGUAAAGCCCUACACAGAUUUGUCAUUAUUAUUUUUACUAAAAUAUAAGUAUCUUGGGGACCCCCCUAAGUCUAUUUUUUACUUCUUAUGGGGGGUCCCGGAUCCCCCCAGCCCCCCUCAAUUUGAGCACUGCUACAGAUGUUGUUAAACUUUGUAUGACAAAUUGCUUGCUAUGUGUCUCAUUUGUCGCUCACAAGUCGCUCUGGAUAAAAUCAUCUGCUAAAUGACAAUGAUAUCAGUGGAGCUUAAAGGGUCAACUGAUGUCACAACAUUGUACACUGUAAUCAUGACAUGGUAAUCCACACAGAAGAACUUGAGCUGUACAGUACAUAAGUUAGGAGUUAGAAACCGACAGCUGAUCGAUACCCAUGGCAGUCAAAGCUAUCUUGCUUUUACCUAUGGUAUCAGUUCAACUAUGAAUGAACAAAGUUCCCAUAAUCGUUUGAUGAUGCUGAAGAUGUGAAAACCCGUACGGUUUGUGGUGACACUUAGGUGCAGACAUUUGUAUAAAUAAAUAAGCCUUCUGGGUUGAGGCGGAUACUCAAAAGAAAUUUGGUUGAGUGGCAUUAACAUCGAAGCAGACUGUAUUUUCUUACAAAGCUGACAUCUGAUUGGUGCUUUCAGUUAUAGUUGCACAUGUCUGCACUGCAGUGAAAGACAGCUCUGAGUGCAAUUUAGCUGUUACAAUGGAAACCGAUUGGCCGAUAGAAAACAUUUCCCAUCCGGACGAAGUGUUUUGGUAUGGAAAUUCUUCCGGAAACUAUCCCUAUGAUCUUCCUCCAGGACUAGAUAUGCCCAAUAUGAUUGCCAUAAUCCCAGAAUUAUGGCCCGAUGACUAUCAAGAUGCAUAUGCGUGUAACAGCACCGAGCUGGGUGCAGCAAAAUGCAACAAGACUACAGCACAUUUAGGGACAUUCAACAUCUCAGAUGGGGAUGUUCUAUUCCUCAAAGGCCUCCUGGUUGCACACAUCAUGCCCUCUUUCUACAUCCUCGUCUUGCUCAUUAGUAUGCCCCUAAACACAUUGGCCUUGGUGACAUUCACCUACUGGAUUAAAGCAAAGAAACCAGCUGUGAUCUACAUGUCUCACCUGGCAUGUGUUGACCUGCUCUUCACCCUGCUGCUGCCUCUGAAGAUCCACUACCACCUGAAUGGUUCAGAUUGGGUGUUUGGCGAGGUGACAUGUCGUGUUUUCAGCGCAGCUUACUACUGCUACAUGUACUGCUCUAUACUGCUGAUGAUGUGCAUGAGUGUGGACAGACUGGUGGCCGUGGCGUUUCCUGUCGCUUCUCUAUCCUGGCGGAGCACGAGAAAUGCCACAUGCAUAUGUACGCUGGUCUGGCUGCUGGCACUCGCUGGCACAGUGCCACUUCUCUCUGUAAGGCAAACGUUCAAGAUCGAGAAUGUGGGCAUCACCUGCCACGACAUCCUGCAGCACACGCAGUUGUAUGUGUAUCAGUUCUCCAUCCUCUCCUGCCUCUACUUCUUCUUGCCACUGGUCUUUACCUUGGCGAGCUACUCUACCAUCAUAUAUGUGCUCAAUGCCAAGCCUGACCACUUAGCAACAUCAUUAUCAUCCUCAGCCAAACGAAGGAGAGCUGUGAUUAUGGCUAUUGCCGUGCUGACAGAGUUUGUGGCAUGCUUUGCACCAACCAAUGGCAUACUGUUGUACCACUGUGUUCGUUUAGCCACAGGAGGCCACACUGAGGAGGGGAAAUAUUACAUGAUGGCUGUGUGUGCAGGAAGCUCAAGUGUUUUCCUGGACCCUCUGCUGUACUACUACGGCUCGUCUCAGUGCAGACAGCAGAUCAGCUCUGUGUUUUGGUGGCGAAAAGCAACCACACUAUCAAACACACGCACUCAGUCAAAAUCAUCUCACUUGAGCUGUGAGUACAGUCAGACACGGAUGAAGGUGUGAAAUGUUAAGUAAAACAGCUAAUGAAAUAAUUUGUUUGAAUUUUUCCAGUGACUGUAUACACUUUAAUGUUUGUAUUGCUGGUCAUUGUGCCAUUGACAGGAAACUGGAAAUUUUUAUUUGGCCAGAAACUAUCUGGCCUGAUUCACAUUAAAGCAAGCAUUAUAACAGUCAAAAAUGUCAUAUAAAUAUAACAUGCAGUCAAAAAGUAAGUGUGUGUGUUGGUCAGGUUUUGCAUUUUGGGGACCAGUUGUUGAGUUUAUUUCGAAAUAACUAGUAAAGGUUGUCUAGUCACCAAUUUCUGUUGCAAUGUUUAGAAGUGUAACUUCCCCAUUGCAUGGAUAUCUAUUUGCAGAUCUGAACAUCUUUUAAAGGAAUAGUUCACCCAAAAAUGAAAAUUGUCUUUUCGUUUACUCACCCUUAUGCCAUCCCAGAUGUGUAUGACUUUCUCUUUUCUGCAGAACACAAAUGAAGAUUUUUAGAAGAAUAUCUCUGCUCUUUAGGUCCAUCCAAUGCAAAUGAAUGGUGGCCAGAACUUUGAAUAUCCAAAAAUCAUAUAAGUCAUCAUAAAAGUUAUCCAUUAGACUUCAGUGGUUAAAUCCAUAUCUUUAUAAGUGAUAUGAUAGGUGUGUGGGUUUUUACCAUAAAUCUCCACUUUCACAUUUACAUUCUUCUUCUUUUGUUUUUUGACGAUUUGCAUUCUUCGUGCAUAUCGCCACCUACUGCUUGGGGCUUGUCAAAAGAGGAGAUUUAUAGAAAAAGAAAGGACUUAAAUAUUGAUCUAUUUCUCACCCACACCUAUCAUAUAGCUUCAGAUGAAAACAUGUCAUUUCUGUGCAUGAAGAUGUUUUAAAUUAAAAAUAAAUAAACAAUACUAGGAGUAAAGCUUCAGUGUGCUUUUCUGGAACACUAACAUAUAGCCCAAUUCUAUGCAAUUAUUGUUUAGCUUACUUUUGAAAAAAUGGCAGCAAAAUUCCCUGUAUUAAAUAAAAUCAAUUGGCAAAUUUGGUGGUGUUAUUAGGGACAUCUGGGAGGCGAAAAGUACACAAUUAAGGACAUACCACAUUUCUAUAUGAAAACGGCUUACGGGCAGAUUUAUUUUGCGAUAUUAUAUUACAUAUUAUACGUAUGUAUUAUAAGCAACAUUUAAUGGGAUAGUUCACCCAAAAAUAGAAAUUCUCUCAUCAUUUACUCACCCUCAUGCAUCCCAGAUGUGUUCAACUUACUUUCUUCUGCUGAACACAAAUUAAGAUUUUUUGAAGAAUAUUUCAGCUCUGUAGGUCCAUACAAUGCAACUGAAUGGUGACCAAAACAUUGAAGCCCCAAACAGCACAUAAAUGCAGCAUAAAAGUAAUCUAUAUGGUUCCAGGGGUUAAAAUGACUGUGAAAGUGAGAAACAUCAAUGUUUAAGUUUUUUUUUAAUAUUUUUUUUUUACUAUAAAUCUUCAUUUUCACGUCUAUAAGUCACAUGGCACCUGUUUAGUUUUUCUUUUCUUUCAGAUGUGAAAGUGGAGAUUUAGAGUAAGAAAGAACUUAAAUAUUGAUCUGUUUCUCACCCACACCUAUCAUAUCACUGUAGGGCUUUACUGGUUGUUUAGAUCAGUGUUACUAUCAGAAAUAAUUAAUAAUUAUUUCUUUAGUUAUUAAUUAAUAUUUAAAUUAAUUAAUUGAAUCUAACUCAUUAAAACCUCAUAUGGGGCUCCAGUAAAUGUAGUGCGCUAUGUUUAGGAUUGGAUUUGGUUAUUAGCAAUAAUGAAUAAUUAUCAAAGAUAAUUAUUAAUUAUUAAAAUCAAUAGAACAUUGAUGAGAAUCAGUGUUAGCUUUUUUUAAUUAUCAAAGAUAAUUGUUCAUUUUUAACAUCGAUGAAACAUUAAUUAAAAUUAACACUAGCUUAUUGAUCAUUCAAAUUCAACAAUCAUCAAAGAUAAUUAUCAAUUAUCAAAAAUCAAUAGAAUAUUAAUAAGGAUUAACAUUGACGGGGCACCACCCUGGAAUCAGGGACUAAUAACCAGAUAGUAUAACAGUCUCAAUAUUAGAUUGUUUUCUUAGGAAAAUCGACAUCCGAAGAAAAAACAAUGAAUGAAGGUUUGAAUCCGAGCAAUGACAUCCCGUCAGCAUGACACAGGCGUAUGCAAAACAAACCAAAACACUUCUCUUUGUAAUAUAAACAAAGUUUAUUUAUGCAGUAAUAUCAAUUAAUAAUUAAUACAAUGCAGUCAAUAAACUUCCGACUUACAACUACAAACUAAACAGUGAUAUGAUUAGAUAUGGAAAUAAAAAUAAUCCUAUAACACAUAAGGUGUGUGUGUGUGACAGUGUGUGUGUGUGUGUGUGUGUGUGUGUAAGGAGGGACGCGCACAAAAUGGUGGACGUGACUCUCGUGGAGAGUAUGUCACGCGAGACUUCCGGCCAGGGAAUAUGACCGCGAAUGGGGGCGGCGAGAAACCAGUCAGUUUCCUCGCUCUGUCAGCGGGCGGUACGACUGUUGAUUCUCGGCGGGCUGGCGGAGAACUCAGAAAUGUCAACUUGAUUGAAGAUGGAAGAGAAAUCUUUAAUCUCUUCACUUCUGUAGGCAAACGGAUGAAGAUGCGAAUUGCUCGGCAGUCUCCUUCGGAUCCGUUAGAGUGUUUGGUUGAACACAGAGUAAUCUCAACUCGUCCAGCGAGAUGGAGAUUGUAUGGCCACAGUUUCAAGUCGGACGUUACUUCCUUGUGCCACGAGGUUGCACCUGAGAGCAGCGAUGAGCUGCGUCUAUACAGGACGAACAAAGUUGCUGGAAGCAAAUCCCGGAAGCAUUUCAGAGGUACUUCAACUCCUGAUGAUGUCAUGGUUUGAGGUGCGUUCUGUUGUGUGCCUCAUCCAAUAGGAGUUGAGAGUUCGAUCCUUUAGUGAGCAAGGCUUCAUGGGAUUUGUAGUCUCUUUUGGACUCCCUUUGUUUGAUUUUGGCGCGAUUUUUGGAAUGUGGGGGCUUGAGUUAGGUUUUUACAACUGUGUUAGGCCUGCCUUUGUUUUCUAUCUGAAUACAUGAGGCCCAACAUCACUUUUGAAGACAUGGAUUUAACCACUAGAGUCUUAUGGAUUACUUUCAUGCUGACCUUGAGUACUUUUUGGAGCUUUAAAGUUCUGGCCACCAGAACUUGCAUAGAAUGGACCAAACAGAGCUGAGAUAGUCUGAACAAAAACAAAUAAUUUUAGAAGCAGAUAACCCAUUGGGUUGGGUUGUUUAUUUAACCCAACUUGCUGGGUUAGUUUAGCCCAAUUUGUGUUCUGUCCCAUAUUUAAACAGAGGCUGGACUAAAAACAACCCAAUUUGUGUUAUUUUUAACCCAGCAUUUUUUAGAGUGUAUGCAACAAAGUCAUCAAACACACCAUUUUUAUCGAUAAAAGGCCAUUUGAAUGGAAACAGGUAGAAUACGGCAAAUUUUGCAAAAAAUUUUUUUACGCAUUUUCACUUUGUCGAUAACAAAACAGCGCAAAAGGUGGAUGGAAACUAUGUUAAUGAUCAUCUGUAUUUUAUUUUAUUUUUUAUCUACAGUGUUUGUCAAUUGUCACCAUCGUUGAGUGUUGAUAUCUUGCGUGUCUGAUUAACAGCUCAUGAUAAAAUAUUCUUGAGUGAUAAAUCCAACCAUAUUAUAGCUUAGCUUUGCAAACAUCCCUUCCUCAUUGUUCAUUUAACAUGAUCCUAUUUCUUUACUUUUUGAAAUGCAUCAUAUAGUGUAGACAUUCCACAUCAUGGUCCGAUGUAAAGUCAACCAUUAAAUUGACAAAUUUCCUCCAUCACAGUACAUUAAAUUGUAUUCUUACACACAACUGCACCAGAUGAGAUCAAAUUAACUGGAAAUAAAUAAGAUAAGGUCC